CAAACUGGGAUGCGAGGUGCUUCUGGGAAACCUCAAGGCACGGUGGCUAGAGUCCACAUUGGCCAGGUUAUCAUGUCCAUCCGCACCAAGCUUCAAAACAAGGAGCAUGUGAUUGAGACCUUACGCAGGGCCAAGUUCAAGUUCCCUGGGCGCCAGAAGACCCACAUCUCCAAGAAGUGGGGCUUCACCAAGUUUAAUGCUGAUGAGUUUGAGGAUAGGGUGGCUGAGAAGCGCCUCAUCCCAGAUAGCCGUGGAGUCAAAUACAUCCCUAACCGUGGCCCCUUGGACAAGUGGCGGGCCCUGCAUUCUUGAAGGCCUUGGUAGCCCUGCGCUGCCUCACUUGAACCCAACAAAUAAAAAUUGA